UCUACGGAAAGAGCCCAAGAUGUCGGCUCGGUCAUGUGAUCAGCUAUGUCCAAUCACAGCUGAUCACAUAAGUGCCACCUGUCAGUGUCCGUCAGUGCUGAUCAGUGCCACAUCAAUGCCACAUAUCAGUGCCCAUCUGAGCUGCCUUUCAGUGUCACCCAUCAGUGCUAGUCAGUGCCAUAUAUCAGUGCUGCUUUUCAGUGCCCAUCAGUGAUGCCCAUCAGUGCCACCUAUCAGUGUCCAUCACUGCAGCCUCAUUAGCGCACAUCAGUGAAGGAGAAAAAUCACUUAUUUACAAAAUUUUACAA